AUGGCUUAUGAUCGGUACCUGGCUAUAUGCUAUCCACUGCACUAUGCAGCUGUCAUGACUGGCAGGGCCUGCACCCAGUUAGUAGCUGGUUCCUGGGCAUGUGGUUUUCUGAUACCCAUGAUAACAGUAUCAGUGGUGUCCCAUCUGACAUUCUGUGGUCCCAAUGAAAUCAACCAUUUUUUCUGUGAUUUCAAACCUCUCGUAAAACUCUCCUACACAGACUCCUACUCAGUCAAAACCACUGUUAGCAUCUUGUCCUUGAUUGUAACCUUGGUUCCAUUUCUCUUAAUCCUGGUGUCCUACACUCACAUCCUCAGGGCCAUCCUGAGAAUUCCUUCCACUAUCAGGAGGAAAAAGGCCUUCUCCACCUGCUCCUCCCACCUCAUUGUGAUCAUCACUUUCUAUGGGACCCUGAUUGUCAUGUACGUGGCCCCCUCGGCAAACGACUCGCCAGCUCUUAACAAGGUCUUCUCCCUGCUGUACACCACAGUGACCCCCACGUUUAAUUCCAUCAUAUACAGCCUCAGAAAUCAGGAAGUUAGAGAGGGUGUGAAGAACCUCCUAAGGGCAAUGGUUUUAGAGGUGGCAAAUUCAAGAUCACAUUAUGCAAAUAAGAAUAGGAGCAUCUAUCUAAUCUAUCUAUCUGUCUAUUUAUCUAUCCAAUACACCCUACACCAUGAUGUCUGUGUGAUCAUCCUUCUUUUUUAA